AUGGCCGAGACUUUCGAGUUCCAGGCUGAGAUCUCUCAGCUGCUCUCCCUCAUUAUCAACACCGUCUACUCGAACAAGGAGAUUUUUCUGCGAGAAAUCGUGUCCAAUGCCUCAGAUGCCCUCGACAAGAUUCGCUACGAGGCCUUGUCCGACCCCAGCAAGCUGGAUUCUGGCAAGGACCUCCGUAUCGACCUCAUUCCCGACAAGGAGAACAAGACUCUUACCAUCCGGGAUACCGGUAUUGGCAUGACCAAGGCUGACCUUGUCAACAACCUCGGUACCAUUGCUCGCUCUGGUACCAAGCAGUUCAUGGAGGCGCUCACCGCUGGCGCCGAUAUCUCCAUGAUUGGCCAGUUCGGUGUCGGUUUCUACUCUGCGUACCUCGUGGCCGACAAGGUCACCGUCAUUUCCAAGCACAAUGAUGACGAGCAGUACAUCUGGGAGUCGAGCGCCGGCGGCACAUUCAACAUCACCCCCGACACUGAGGGUGAGCAGCUCGGCCGUGGUACCAAGAUCAUCCUUCACCUCAAGGAUGAGCAGACCGACUAUCUCAAUGAGAGCAAGAUCAAGGAGGUGAUCAAGAAGCACUCUGAGUUCAUCUCCUACCCCAUCUACCUCCACGUCAAGAAGGAGACGGAGAAGGAGGUUCCUGAUGAGGAAGCCGAGGAGGCUGCGGAGGGCGAGGACAAGAAGCCCAAGAUUGAGGAGGUCGAUGAGGAUGAGGAAGACAAGGAGAAAAAGAAGAAGACCAAGAAGGUCAAAGAGACCAAGAUUGAGGAGGAGGAGCUCAACAAGCAGAAGCCCAUCUGGACCCGCAACCCGCAGGACAUCACCCAGGAGGAGUACGCGUCCUUCUACAAGUCGCUCUCCAACGACUGGGAGGACCAUCUGGCCGUCAAGCACUUUUCCGUCGAGGGUCAACUCGAGUUCCGUGCCAUCCUCUUCGUGCCUAAGCGCGCUCCCUUUGAUCUCUUCGAGACCAAGAAGACCAAGAACAACAUCAAGCUCUAUGUCCGCCGUGUCUUCAUCACCGAUGAUGCCACCGACCUCAUCCCUGAGUGGCUCGGCUUUAUCAAGGGUGUUGUCGAUUCGGAGGAUCUGCCCCUCAACCUGUCGCGUGAGACGCUGCAGCAGAACAAGAUCAUGAAGGUGAUCAAGAAGAACAUCGUCAAGAAGUCUCUUGAGCUCUUCAACGAGAUCGCCGAGGACAAGGAGCAGUUCGACAAGUUCUACAGCGCCUUCUCCAAGAACAUCAAGCUCGGUAUCCACGAAGAUUCGCAGAACCGCAGCACUCUCGCUAAGCUGCUCCGCUUCAAUUCGACCAAGUCCGGCGAUGAGAUGACCUCGCUCACUGACUACGUCACCCGCAUGCCCGAGCACCAGAAGAACAUCUACUACAUCACCGGCGAGUCGAUCAAGGCCGUCUCCAAGUCUCCCUUCCUCGACUCCCUCAAGGAGAAGGGCUUUGAGGUGCUCUUCCUCGUUGACCCCAUUGAUGAGUAUGCCAUGACCCAGCUGAAGGAGUUUGAGGGCAAGAAGCUGGUCGACAUCACCAAGGACUUCGAGCUUGAGGAGACCGAGGAGGAGAAGAAGCAGCGUGAGCAGGAGGAGAAGGAGUACGAGGGCCUCGCCAAGUCGCUCAAGAACGUUCUUGGCGACAAGGUUGAGAAGGUUGUCGUCUCACACAAGCUGGUUGGCUCUCCCUGCGCCAUCCGCACCGGCCAGUUCGGCUGGUCUGCCAACAUGGAGCGCAUCAUGAAGGCUCAGGCUCUUCGUGAUACCUCUAUGAGCAGCUACAUGUCGUCAAAGAAGACGUUUGAGAUCUCGCCCAAGAGCCCCAUCAUCAAGGAGCUCAAGAAGAAGGUCGAGGCGGACGGCGAGAACGACAAGACGGUCAAGUCUAUUGUCCAGCUGCUCUUCGAGACCUCUCUGCUGGUCUCUGGCUUCACCAUUGAGGAGCCUGCUGGCUUCGCCGAGCGCAUCCACAAGCUCGUGUCGCUCGGUCUGAACCUGGACGAGGAGCCCGAGGCUGCCGAGGACGCCCCGGCUGCUGACAGCGGCGCCGCGGCGGCCGAGUCUACCGACAACGCCAUGGAGGAGGUUGACUAA